AAAUACAUGCAAAAUUAUGGUGUCUUCUUCCCCUCCCAUCUGUUUGGCCUCUCUCACUCAGAUCCAUUCCUUUUUCAUUCCUUCAUUCCUUUCCAUUUCCGUUUGAGGGCUCUCUUCUUCUCCACCUCGAUCGUCUGUCCAAAAUUCCCUCCAAAAUAGUCCUCAACAACUUGACAAAAUUCCACACCUCUUCACACACCGCAAAUUCGUUGAAAUUCAUCAACGGACGCAUAUUGGAUUACUCCAUUUCCCCGCAAUUUUCCAUUUGGGGGAGAAAUUAGGUCGAACUGAAAGAAGGAACAGUGUUGGUUUGAGGUGAAUCACUGAUUUCGGAAUUCAAUUUGAGGCGAAACCGCCAAAAAAAUUCAAUCUUAAUUAACGUAAUCGAAAGGGGAUUUUUUCAAUUUUAUUUCCCUGGGCCCUAAUAUUAAUUGGGUGGGGGGUUAUGGUUUUUGGCGUGAUCAGAAACAGUUUCGUGAAUUGAAUUGAAUUGAAUUGAAUUGAGUGAUGGAUAUUGCGUCGCAAUUGAAGCGCGGGAUCUCGCGCCAGUUCUCGACGGGGUCGUUGAAGAUGAGCCGGGGGUUCAGUUUCCAGCGGCAGAACUCGCUGGACCCGCGGCGGAACAAUUUCCGGUUCAGCUUCGGCCGCCAGUCGUCGAUGGACCCGAUACGGCGGAAUCCGGUGGCCGCGGACGGAGACGGCGCGGAGGAGGAGCUGACGGUGCCGAGCAACCUCGACAGCACAAUGCAGCUGCUGUUCAUGGCGUGCAGGGGAGACGUGGGGGGGUUGCAGGAGCUGCUCGAUGAAGGGAUUGAUGUGAAUAGCAUUGAUUUGGAUGGGCGGACCGCUCUGCACAUCGCCGCCUGCGAGGGCCACGUCGAGGUCGCCAAGCUUCUCCUCAGCAGGAAGGCCAAUAUUGAUGCUCGGGAUCGAUGGGGCAGCACGGCUGCUGCUGAUGCAAAAUAUUAUGGAAAUGUGGAAGUUUUUAAUAUUUUGAAAUCCCGUGGAGCUAACGUUCCAAAAACCAAAAAGACACCCAUGACGGUUGCAAAUCCUCGUGAAGUUCCAGAGUAUGAGCUCAAUCCAUUGGACAUUCAAAUACGAAGAGGUGAUGGCAUAUCUAAGGGAUCUUAUCAAGUUGCUAAGUGGAAUGGCACUAAAGUUUCAGUAAAAAUACUCGACAAGGAUGGCCAUGCAGACCGUGACUCGAUAAAUGUGUUCAGGCAUGAAUUAACCUUGUUAGAAAAGGUUCGGCACCCCAACGUGGUUCAGUUUAUUGGUGCUGUCACCCAAAACAUACCUAUGAUGAUCGUUUUGGAGCAUCAUUCUAAAGGUGACCUUGCUGGUUACCUUCAAAAGAAAGGGCGGCUAUCCACUUCUAAGGCGUUGAGAUUUGCUCUUGAAAUUGCCAGGGGCAUGAAUUGUCUUCACGAGUGCAAACCAGAACCGAUCAUACACUGCGAUUUAAAGCCAAAAAAUAUUUUGCUGGAUUUUGGAGGGCAGCUGAAGGUUGCAGGGUUCGGUGUUACUAAGUUAUCACCGCCGGCAUCUGAUAAAGUAAAACUUUUGCAGCCCGAGGCCACAGAUCGUUCAAAUGUGUACAUAGCACCGGAGGUGUACAAGAAUGAAACAUUCGACAAAAGUGUGGAUGUGUACUCUUUUGGUGUUAUGCUAUUCGAGAUGAUGGAGGGGUCUCCGCCAUUCUCUUCAAAGUCUGCAGACGAUGCUGCUAGGCUUAUUUGCUUAGAUGGAAAGAGACCAUCAUUCAAGUCAAAAUCCAAAUCUUUUCCUCCAGAAUUAAAAGAGUUGAUCGAGGAAUGCUGGCAUUCGAGUCCCAGUGUGAGGCCGACGUUCCCUCAGAUCAUAAUCCGAUUGGAUAAGAUUGUCACGACAUGCUCCAAACAAGGAUGGUGGAAAGACACUUUCAAACUCCCCUGGAAAUAAGGAAUGCGAGAAUCCAUUAAUUUUCAGCGCCUAAGCUUAGAAGGAAUGUUGUAUUUACAGAGAAUCCACACAAGAUAAGCUCAAGACCCAUUUUGUAUCUACACACAUUUGUUGAGUUUUAUAUAUAUGCAUAAUUUUUGUUGCCA